AUGACCGCCACAAUGUCCUCCUGUACGGACAUCUUCCUUGAUAAGGUGCAAAAGAAGGCAAACUCAGGCGAGGAAUUUGACCUCUAUCAGGCCUUUCAGCUGCUCACAACUGACGUGAUCGCCAAGACCGCCCUUGGCAUUGAUACUGACGUGCAAAACAAUCCUGAUGAUGAAUUCUUCCAAGCCGCCAAGGCUCUCUUUGAUAUUCGACCAAAUGCUCUUUUCCUUGCUUUUCUCUGGUUUCCAGAGCUUGAUUCAGUUCUCUAUCCACUUAGAAGAGGAAUUGAGAUAGUCAAGGAGUACCUGAACCUUUCUAGAGAUCAGACGCUUUCAAGGUUGGUCGCUGCUGCUAUUAAACUUCGAGAGGGUGAAAUCAAGAAGAAGAACGACCUUUUGCAGUUGAUGCUCGACUCAAAGGCCUCCGAUGAGGAGAUUAGAAAUACCUCACUUGCCAAUUUGACUAUUGAUCUGAGCAAAGAGGAGAAGAGUGAAAAAGAAACUUCUUCUUCUACCACAAACAACUCCACCAAAAAGGACAUCAAAGCGCUGACGGCGGAUGAGAUUGUCGCCAAUGCCAUUAUCUUCUAUGAGGCUGGCUACGAAACUACAAGCACCGCCCUCGGCUUCAUCGCCCACUUCCUCGUCAACUACCCCGAAGUUCAGGAGAAGGUCCGAGAAGAGGUUCUCGCACUGAACGGCCAAUUUGACUACUCAUCGCUGGGAAAGCUGCCCUACAUGGAACAGGUG